AUGGAUCUUGGAUCGAAUUUGUUGAGGCUUACCGGGUUCAAAUCCAGGUUCAGUUCCCAAUCCGAUUCGUUGCAAAAAGAAAAUUCAGGGGAAUAUUACACAGUUCUUCUGUUGUACAAGUACCCUCCCUUACUCUCGUGCAUCAAUUCAUCCAUCCGCGCCAAGAUGAAUGUGGAAAAGCUACAAAAGAUGGCAGGUGCUGUUCGCACUGGUGGGAAGGGUAGUGUGAGAAGAAAGAAGAAGGCUGUACAUAAAACAACCACCACAGAUGACAAGAGGCUGCAGAGCACUUUGAAAAGAAUAGGUGUAAACGCAAUACCAGCAAUUGAGGAAGUUAACAUUUUUAAGGAUGAAACAGUUAUCCAGUUCUUAAACCCCAAAGUUCAAGCCUCUAUUGCUGCCAAUACAUGGGUUGUUAGUGGUUCUCCCCAAACAAAAAAAUUGCAAGAUAUUCUCCCAGGCAUUCUCAACCAACUUGGGCCAGAUAACUUGGAUAACUUAAGAAAAUUAGCAGAGCAGUUCCAGAAGCAGGCGCCAGGUGACGCUGAAGCCGCUGCUGCCACAUCAGCACAAGCGGAUGAUGAUGAUGAAGUCCCAGAACUUGUGGCAGGGGAGACUUUUGAGGCUGCUGCAGAGGAAGGACAAAAAUCAUAGGAACAUGUAGGAAUAUGUAUGUUGUUUCUGUUGUUUUUUUUUUAAUGUAUUUUGGUCUUAAAAAACUUAUCUCUCUGUUUCUGUUAAAUUUU